AUGGCUAUAUCUGACAUGUGCACUGGGAUAUUCCCUUUGCCUUUGUACAUUUAUUUUUUCUCCUUCGGAAACUAUCUGGAGAAGGUACCGAUAGACUGGUGUAUCAUUUACUCUUAUUUUGGACAAUAUAUUCCAACCAUUUUCCAUACAACUUCCGUAUGGCUGACAGUGACACUGGCUAUUCACAGAUAUCUGUAUUUCAUACCAUGUACGGUUUUACUUGUUAUGAAUGUUCUGCUCAUAUUAAAAAUCCGAAAGGCCAAUAGAACAAGAAGACUAAUGGUAUCACAGAAUCGAAGCAGUGAGUCCAAUAACAGUACUAACCUAAUGCUGGUUAUUGUUGUAGCAUUUUUUCUGAUGGCUGAAUUACCGACUGGGAUAAAUUUUAUACUUACCAUUAUCCAAAAUACAUUCGAAAAUAUUUCUUUUUUCAAUGCAAGAGAAGAGAACAUUGUGUCAUUGCAUGUAUCAGGAAUACAUUGUGUUAUUGACUGUAUCCAGAGAUAA